AUGGAAGAGCGCCGCGGCGGUGCGCCCCACGCCGCCGUCAUCGCAGCCGUCGUGGUGGUGGUGAUGGUGCUGCCGACACUCAUCGGAGAUCAAUGCGGCGCCGUAGCCGACUCCGUAGCCGAGCUGCUCAGCCCCCUCGGCCUCCUCCUCCUCCCCAUAAGCCUCAUCCUCGCCAUCCGCUUCCUCUCCUCCGACGCCGGAUCAUCCGUCGCCGGAAUUUUAUCCGCCGGCAAUCCCGGCGGCGGCGGCGGCGGAGGCUCCACCGCCGGGGUCGUGGCGUUCCUGCUGCUGGUGCUGCUGCUUCUAUAUAGUAAAGUGUUCGUCUUUAACAGUGGCGACGACUCUGAAUGA